CUCCGCGUAGGGAGCAGGGAAAUAUUAACUUAAUUCAUUUACACCGAUUUUUGGGGGACACAAAGGAAGAAACCAUUUGGAAGUGGAAUUUAUUGUCGCGGAUGGAAAGAGGAAAAACAAACGAGGAAAACGGGAAAAACUUCCUGAAAUGAACGUGGUUCUGUGAAAGGGAGCUUGACAACCCGGUGAAUCGAGUUUACGAAGUGCUCUCAUAUUUCACUUAUCUCUCAGCAGCAAGAGGACUUGUUCGAAGCUGGCUCACGGAGUAUAAACUCAGUGGACCGCUAAUCAUUUGCGGACUUUUAACUGCGCUUUAUAACAUUAUUUUCAACAGUCAAUAAAACAUACAGAUAAAAAGGAGUUGUUUGUCAAGUCCGCAGCGAUGGGGGAGCAGCCAAUCUACACCACCAGGGCCCAUGUCUUCCAAAUCGAUCCAACCACCAAGAAGAACUGGGUUCCUGCCAGCAAGCAGGCUGUCACAGUCUCCUAUUUUUACGACUGCACACGCAACAGCUACCGCAUUAUCAGCGUGGAUGGCUCCAAGGUGAUCAUCAACAGUACAAUCACACCAAACAUGACAUUCACCAAAACAUCGCAGAAGUUCGGCCAGUGGGCAGACAGCAGGGCCAACACAGUGUUUGGGCUGGGCUUCGGUUCAGAGCAGCAACUGACAAAGUUUGCUGAAAAGUUCCAGGAAGUAAAAGAUGCAGCCAAACUGGCAAGGGACAAAUCUCAAGAGAAGGGGGAGACACUGAGUAAUCACUCCCAGGAGUCUGGUCGUGACACACCUUCGGGCAACCAGGCGUCAAGCAUUAAUGGGACAGAUGAUGAGAAAAUCUCUCAUGUCAGUCCAGAAGCUGCACUGUUAAAGACGGAGAACGAACGUCUGAAGAGCGCAGUAGAGCAGAGCAACACCAACGCCAAGAAGUGGGAAACAGAGCUUCAGACCUUAAGAGAAAAUAAUGCAAGGCUGGUGGAUGCACUGCAGGAGUCUUCAGCGAAUGUAGAGAGCUGGAAGAAACAGCUUAGUGCCUGCAAGGAAGAAAGUGACGCGCUCAGGGAAAAGAUUGCCGAACUGGAAGCUCAGUGUAAUGAAGCCAAUCAGGAGAAGCAGAAAAACGCCCAACUGACUGUUCGAGUGCAGGAGCUGGAGGCUGAGCUGCAGGACAAAGAGCAGGAGCUGGAGAACCUACGGAAGCAAGCAGAGAUUAUCCCACAGCUGAUGGCGGAGUGUGAGAGCAUCACCUCUAAACUGCAGGCUGCCGAGACAAAGAACAAGGAGCUAGAGGGGAGGAUAGACGGUCUUCAGGUUGACAUAGACGACAGUCGACAAAAACAAGGAACUAUGAAGACCGAGCUGAAGAAGUUCAUGGAUAUUCUGGAUGGAAAGAUAGACGAGCUGCAUGAGUUCAGGCAGGGCCUUUCAAAGCUAGGUGCUGAUAACUGAGGAAAGUGACACUGAGUUACAAGGGUGAGAGGUCAGGUAUGAAGGAUUCACUACAAUAUGUUUUCAGUGCAGAAACUAUGUGGCACCUACUCCCCCAAGGUGAUGUCCACUUUGAAACUAUGAGCUUUGGCAUUUAAUAAAUACUACUUUGUGAAAGAGAGAUAUUUGGGUGAAGGGGAGAUUGGCAGACUAAAAAGAGAAAAGCCAACAUUCUGCACAAAAUGAUUUCAUUUUGUGUCCUGGAAUUGUGAAACUACACUGAGUCACACUUUGAGCUUACUCACCCGUUUCUGUGGGGGGAAAGCUGCUUUAAAAAGCUGGUGGUGGGUUCUUAGAUUCUGUCCAUCUGUCUUUUUUCCAAAGACUGCAGAGCUUCUAAACAAGCAGUCUGAGUUUAAGUAAGAAGCGGGGACUUAAAAGGGCUACAAUGAACCACACAAAGACAAUGCUGUUUAGCUUGAGUAAUAAUUGGUGUAAAUCUUUGUAGCCCCUCAAAGAAUUAAAAACAAAACCCCUCUGCAGACUGUCCUUGUUGUUGCCUCUCAUCUAUCUCAGGUGCGUUAGAAGACAGUUUAUAGAAUAUAUGCACAUAUAUGAAAAAUGGCCGUGUCACAAAGUGCCUCCAGGUGAGUGUAAACCUCCCUGGAAAGGAAAACUGGCCAAGUGAUGACCAUCACCAUAAUAACAACUUGCUGAGUUUUGUGAGAUAAACUGAGGAUAAACAAACAUCUUCAUUGAUUUUUAAAUGAGAUAAAAAGGAAAACACAGACAGGUGUGUCCAUGCUGGAUGUUAAUGUGGUGAGAAACUCAAAGGACAAAGCAGGUGUCUGCAGAGGAAAGAUUUUCAGAGGGGACUGCAGCAGGAACUUUUCUUGCAGGUGUUUGAAGUAAACGUUCUUUUUGAGUAUAUUUGCAUAUAGAAGGAAAACUCUUGUCUCAGGAACUUUCCUUCAGAAACAUCCAAAAAUAAUAUUAACCCCAUCUUACCAUGAGUGUUGUGCCGUGUUUUUAAGGACCUUUUGCGUGCAUCAGUAUUGUUGUUCAUUUGUAGAACAAACAUGUAUGUCUCUCUGGCUGUUCAUGAGCUUCCUACACACUAGUUUUUGUUAUGGUGGUGGUUAUUUUUGGAUGAGGGGACAUGGUGCUGCUCACUAGGUGAAUAAUGUGAAAGUUUACUUCAUAGAAAGAUUUAGAUGGAUUGGGCCUUUUCACUAGAAACCCUGUCAUUUUUUUUCUUCUAUUUAUUUUUGGUGCCUCUCUGAAACUAAUAUUUCUACACCAAGUAAAUAAUCUUGAUCUUUCAUCCUCCAGUAGAAUUGCAUAAUAAGAAAGAUACCAAACUCUCAGGAUUGAGGGAUUUUUAUAAUUAAGGAUGGUUAUUGCUGCUUUUGGGGAAAUCAGUUUUAAAACUUGGUAUGUUUGAAUUCAAAGGCACAUGUUGAAGUAAUGUGUUUACUCUGUGAUACUAUGACAAUAUAAGUUUAUAAUUUUCAUCACUGUUUUGGUCUCAUCAUAAGACUGAGAUAUUUAAUGAAGGGAUUUUUUUUCCUUGUUGUUUUCCCCGUUUGUAACUUACCUGAAUCUGGACAACUAAUGCCUCUUGUGCACUUUUGUGAUUCCUGAUCAACAUUGUACAAUAGAACAAACAAGUGGUAAAAUUUAGUUUAAUUACAA